AUGGUGAAGGAGAUGGAUUCUAGCCUAAAGGAAGAUGGUUCGUCUGAUGAGAAAAAGUGCUGCUCCGUUUGCAAAACCACGAGAACGCCCUUGUGGAGGAGUGGCCCUUCAGGCCCUAAGUCGCUGUGUAAUGCUUGCGGAAUUAGACACAGAAAGAAGCUGCCCAACUCCCCCGAGCGGAACCCAGGCGAGCCCGACUCGAAGAAGGGCAAAAUUGGAAAGAAGAAAAAGAAAUCCAAGCUGAGAAGUGGCUUGGGAGUGAAUCUGAGGAGGCUCAAGUGUUCGAGGAGGCAAUGGGGUGAGGUUGAGAGAGCUGCCCUGCUACUCAUGGCCCUGUCUUGUGGUGCUGUCUUUGCCUGA